UUUAAUGGUCGGUUUGGAUUGGGCUGGUUCGGCCCAUAUUAGAAUUCCCAUCACAUACAUAGAACAAAAUUUAGGAAGAAGAAGAGCCACAUGCCCUAACGAGUAAAACAAAACAGAACAAACCGCACGCACUGCUCUGUUGCCGCGACACAGAGAGAGAGAGAGAGAGAGAGAGAGAGAGAGAGAACAGAACAGUAAGCAAAUGGAAGACGUAAAGAAGAGAAAGAUAGAAGAGGCUUCGGGCAACGGUGAAGAAAUCUUAACAUAUUCAGAGGACCACUUGCGCUCCUUGCUUGACCCUCUUGCUAAACCCCAGCUCGUCGAUCUCCUCGCUAAACUAGGUUCCCAAUAUCCUUCAAUUGCAGAAGAAAUUAAGGGUGUUGCUAGUGCAGAUCCUGUUCAUCGAAAGCUUUUUGUUCGUGGGUUGGCUUGGAAUACCUCAUCAGAUACCUUGCGUGCUGCAUUUAGUGAGCAUGGAGAAAUUGAGGAAGGGGCUGUCAUCUAUGACAAAGCAAGCGGGAAAUCACGCGGCUAUGGUUUUAUUACUUACAAGUAUAUGGAGUCAACUCAGCAUGCGCUCAGAGCACCUAGCAAGUUGAUUGAUGGUCGCCUGGCUGUUUGUAAUCUAGCUUGUGAGGGGUUAAGUGGGACAAGUGCUACCCUUGAUCUUACCCAGAGGAAACUCUACAUUGGGGGCUUGUCACCAAAUGUCACAAGUGAGAUGCUGCUCCACUUUUUUGGCAGGCAUGGUGAUAUAGAAGAGGGUUCAGUUGCAUAUGACAAAGAUACAAAUGAGUCACGUGGGUUUGGCUUUGUUACAUUCAGGACAGUGGAGGCUGCAAAGAAGGCCAUAGACGAUCCGCAAAAGACCCUUGGGGGGAGGAAUAUCAUUGUGAAGCUGGCUGAUUCCCACAAGGGCAGAACAGUACAAGCACAGCUACCCCCAGCAAUGGUUCCGAUGGCCUUACCUCUAGCGGCUGGAUAUCCCCAGCCUGGAAAAGCACAUGCAGGCGCAACCCCUGUUGGCUACGGCUAUCCUCAAACUGUAGCAGCAUACCCUGAUUCUUCUUACCCAAGUCCUCCCACAGCUCCAUACCAGGCACAAUCACAAAUUCCCUAUCCAUAUUACAUUGGCAAACAAUGAUUGAUGACAGUUUUCAGGGUGUGGCCUCUAAUGUGCGCUGGGAGUCGUAGAUGGCAUAGAAGCUAUAUUUCUGUGAGGGGGGUGUCUUACUAGAAAUUUUGCUUAUUGUUGUAAUAUUAGGCCGGAAUAGUUGAAAAUCUUUCAUUUGUCAGUAGGUAUAGUUUACUUUUUACUAAUGUUAUAAUUGGAAUAAUGUUUUCCAUAUGGGGAUGGGGAGACAUUGUUAAAUGAGAUACUGUACUAUAGUUUAAAAUGUAUCUGUCAAUCCAUAUGUACAAACUUACUUAUUUAUUCAGGCCGAAUUUGUUGA